AUGAAGGCUUUUCUUUCCGUCUUCGCCGGGCUCGUCGCCACCAUCACCGCCCUUCCCGGCAUGUCUCCCGUCUCGGGACUGGAGAAACGAGACUGCGUCAUCCCCUCCGGAUCCAAUGCCACGUCCACGAUCCCGUCGUCAUUUGCCCGAGCGGGCGCGGAGUUGUGUUCCACUGCGAUGAUGAACAUGAUGAGUAGAGGACCCAUUGCCAAGAGAAUCAUGGAGGCGCUCGGCGCGUUCGAAAGCAGUUCGCUCCGGCUCAGUACUAGCGCCGGAUGGUACGGGUAG